AUGCGCAAAAACCCGCCGUCCUCGAGAAGCGGCGAGCAUGAGCGUCAAGGUGGCAACUGUGGAACAGAGCGGGGGCACAAGAGGAAGGAUGUCAAUGCUUCCCGCCUCCGCAUCCCCAAAUCCCGAGGCACAACCGGCGAUGCUCUUCUGCUGAGAAGCCCCGCAAACUUUGAUGAGCCGACCAAACUCACUGCCAAAGCUUAUUUGGCGGUCAAUGGGAGGGGAAAUCCAAGAGCUGACUGCGGCAGUCCAAGAGGAGAUGAAUUCCCUCUCUUGAUCUUCUACUUUAUCUCAGUCCUGUCUGCUGAAGAUCGCCUGGUGCUUGUUUGA